CUAGACCAAAGGCUGGCCACAGCCAAACGCUGUUCUGAUGAAGGUGUCAAGGCAGGAACUAAGGCAGCUGUUGUUGCUACAAUUGCCACUGCUAUUCCAACUCUUGCUAGUGUGAGAUUUCUGCCUUGGGCAAAAGCCCAUCUCAACCACACUGCUCAAGCUCUUAUUAUCUCCACAGUGGCUGGAGCUGCAUGUUUCAUAGUUGCUGACAAGACUGUCCUGGCCACAGCUAGGAAGAAUUCCGUCAAGCAAGCCACCACUAAUAGAGAAGCAUAA